AUGUCGGGAAGAAAACAUGGCGUGCAAGCGCGGCAGGCUGCCAUGCGGCACUACGACAUGCUGUUGUGCCAGGCGGCGACAGAGUACAAGAGCCGCGAGGCGCUCAAAGAGAAGGUGCACGCGGUGGCGCGGGUGGCGGUCCGGCGCCACGGCAGCGGCGUCGAGGUCCGGAGCUUCAUACAGCGGCUGGUGGACGUUUGCGAUGACCCGCUGGCCGUCAAGGAGAACCUCCUUUUCGUGGUGGACUCCAUCAUGCGGCAUGCAGAGAAGGAGGACGCGCACGUGGUGCAGAAGUUUGAGCGGACCAUCGCGCCGCAUUUGCAGGGCCUCUUCAAGGCUGCGAUAGAACGAGAAGACACCAGGGAAACCGUCUGCACCUACCUGCUCAAGAAGCUGGUGCCGGUGUGGAAGGAGAACGCCUGGUUCUCCCGCGAAAUGCCUCGCAUCCUUCACCUGCUGGUGAGUGGUCUGAAGCCACAGCGAGAGCGGGAGGAGGAGAAGAAGGCCCACAGCUCAGUGUCCCAGGAGCCCGUCCCGGUGAUCCCUUACGCGCAGGAUCGCAGGGCCCGGCGCUCGGCGAUGACGCCCUCCGAGUACAGCUACUCCCGGACGCCGAUGACCCCAGGGCAGGCUUCUGCCAGAGGAAGCUAUGCGCACGUGGGCAGCGACUGCGAGUACACCCCGUCCAUCGCCCCGAAGGAUGAGAGCGCGCUGCCGGUCGAGAUGCCGACCAGCACUCCCUUUGCUGACGAGGAGAUCCCGAUGUCGGCGCCCUACUCCGCGCCCUUCCAGGGUAUCGACUACGAUGCCCACGAGGGUACUCUACCCACCGAGAUCCCAGUGCCCACGGAGGAUGUACCCACAGAGGAUCCCUCGGAUGAGGGGGAGCUUGAGCCCACGGAGGACCUUUUUAUGGCGGACACUCCCAAGCUUGGGGAGUCCACGCCCAGGACCCGAGAUGAUGAUGUGAGCUCGCUGCGACCACCCACCGAGGAGGUGCCUUCCUCCCACGCGCCCACGAUCUCGGUGCAGUCUGCGCGGAGAUCUGGCCUGGACGAUGACGAGCAGGUGCCGGUGCCCACAGAGGAAGUGCCCACGGAGCUGGUGGCUACGGCGACUCAAUCCAGGCGCCCGGGGUAUGAGGUUCCGCCGCCCACCUCUCCGGUGGAUUCCCCAAUCGAAGACAGGCGCAGAUAUGCGGAGGGCGAGGAGGUGCCGAUUCCCACCUCGCCCGUGGCCUCCGAAGCCGAUGACAGGCGCUUUGGCGAGGAGGUGCCGCCCCCCACUUCCCCAGUGGACUCCGAGAGGCAGUUCGGCGAGGAGAUUCGAAUUCCCACCUCGCCCGUGGACUCCGAAGGGCCCUAUGGGCGUGAGGAGAUCCCGCUGCCCACCUCCCCGGUGUCCUCCAUCGAGGACCAGGACGACAGGCUCCCGCCGAUGAGCGCUCCACCGGUGUCCGGAUCCUUUGACAGCGACGCCCCGACGGAGUCGCCCAGCGAGGAAGUGGCGGUGGCGGUGCGGCCACUGGAGCCCGGCAAGGAGCCCCCGAGCCUCGAGGAGGUGGAGAUGUUGCUGGACGAGGCGCUUGAGGGGCCCCAGGAGAUAGAGGUGCCCCCGCCUCCGCUGGUGCUGUCCUCCAGCCGCCAUUCCUCUGGGUACCUGUUGGACAGCAGCACAGAGGACACCUCCCCCGGCCAGGUGCCAACACAGAUGCCGUCCCCCACCUCCAUCAUGGUGGACGAGAUGCCGACGGCAGCGCCCACACGGCUUCCGCCCACCGUGCAGCAGGUGGAGGUUCCGCCCAACUUGUCGGCGCAGAACGACUUCAGCUCCGGAUCUAGGGCGGAGAUACGCUCCUCCGACUUAGUGUCCUCCCCCACGGAGAUGCCGGUGCCCACGGAGAUUUCCCCCACCAGCAUCGGGGACCAGGAUCUGGAGACGCAAACGGCCCCAACCUGCACGUUGACGAGAACAGGGGGGCCACUCACAGCAACCGCACGCACUGCCACGGUGACCGGCGCCGUGCGUACGCAGGUCUUGCCAGAGAUGGUGCCAACCGACAAGCCCUCCUCGCCCACGGAGCUCUUUGACGAAGUAGGCACCGUAGAGGCCCCCACGCUGCUGCCGCGGCCACCGCCGCCGCAGGUGCCUCUGGGCGGCAGCAGCUCGGAGGCCCGCGCCAGCCAGCUGGACUCCAGCGGCAGGGAGUCCUCGCCCACGGAGCUGCCGGUGCCCACCGAGAUGCCUUCACCCACCGAGGAAGGCGACCUGGACUACGUGGAUGAAGAGGUGAGCAUGCAGCCGCCUUUGCAGGAGCCGACGGACUCCGUCAACACCAGCAGCGCGGAGCGAACCAUCACGGCCUCUCCGCGAAAACCGGUGACACCGCGGGCGCCGACCUCCCCGGUGGACCUGCCGGUGCCCACGCAGCGGCCCUCGCCCACCUCGGUAGGCGCCCUACACGCCCGUGAGGAGGAGGAGGUGCUGCACGUGCCGCCGCGCUCGGCCCCGCGGAGCAGUUUUUUCUCUUCCGGGGCUAUGGGCCAGAGCAGUGGGGUGGUUUCACCUUCAGACAUGCCGGUGCCGACCUAUGUGCCAUCGCCCACGGGGUACGACAUGCUGGAGGAGCCCUUGCCCUUGCCCGUGCACUCUCGCACCCCGAAGACGGCCACCCGGGAGACUGAGACGGUGUCUGUGCUGUCCGUGCCCAUGGCCUCCAGUCGCGCUCCGACUUCUCCAGGUGACUUGCCGGUGCCCACGCAUCUGCCUUCGCCCAGCCCCGUGGGGAGUGUACGCCGACAGGAGGUCCGGGUUCCAGCGCGCUCGGCAGCAUUCAGUUCUGCGCCCAGCCGGGUGUCGCCCUCCGAUAUGCCGGUGCCCACCUUUGUGCCCUCCCCGACAAUGGCUCCAGACGAAUUAGAAGAGAUGCAGGUGCCGAGCGUGUUGCCUCCCACGCAGGAGGUCACGAGCCCCACGGUCACGGCGGCGGCCACUGUGGCAACCCGAACCGCCACCGCCGUGCGCACGCAGAUCUGGCGAGGCGAGCCCUCGCCGGUGGACAUGCCGGUGCCCACCUUCGUGCCAUCCCCCACCUCUCCGCGGGAGGAUGCGCCAGAGGGGGUGAUGCCGCCCACCCCUGCAGUGACCAGCCCCAUGGACACCGUCACCGUAGAGGUCCCGCCCGGCGAAAGCGCCGCGGGGCGGUCCGCGUUCAGCUCCGCGCUGCGGUCCGCAGGCACUACAGAGCCCUCGCCAGUGGACAUGCCAGUGCCCACCUUUGUGCCAUCUCCCAGCUCCCCUCAGGACCUGCCAGAGACGGUGCUUCCCCCGACGGCGGCAGAGAUGCUUUCGGCGGCCUCCGCUUCGAUAUCAGGCGUCUCUGCGGAGCUCUCGCCCUCGGAAGUGGCAGUGCCUACCUUCGUGCCCUCCCCAACGGAGGCGUCGAUAGAUCCACCAGCUACCACAGCCACGGCCACCGCGAUGGCGCCCCGCACAGCGAGCGACCACCCUACCGAAGCGGUACAGCUGGAAGCAGCAAGUGCCUUGCACACCUCUGCCCUGGAGUCCGGAUCGUUGGCUUCUCCCACCGAGCUGCCGGUGCCCACCGAGAUGCAGUCCCCGACCUCUCUGGGAGAGGUGGACUAUGAGGAUGGCGUGCCCACCGUCCCCGCCCCAGAGGCAGCUGGCGGCGCAGGCGUCUCGCAACCCUUCAGCUCACCGGAGAUGCCGGUGCCGACCGAGAGGCCGUCGGCCUCGCAGGAUCUGGAAGAGACGGUGACGGUGCCGCAGAGACUAGCAUCCUCUCAGGCGGUGAGUAGCGGCCUCAGCGUGGUCAGCUCCCCUACGGAGCUCCCAGUGCCCACGGAGAUGCCUUCACCCUCCUCCCCUGGCGAAGGCGCGCAGACCACGGUGUCGCGGGAGGAGCCGACCGUGACGCGGGCGCCCAUGCCGGUGCAGGAGCCUACAGAGGUGGUGAACACCAGCAGCAUGGAGAAGACCCUGUCAGCUCCCUCGCGCAGCUCCCUGACGCACCCCACCUCACACUUGACGACGCAGUCGCCCGUGGACAUCCCGGUGCCGACCCAGUUGCCCUCCACUCCCCCGCCCUUGCCAGAGGAGGAGAUGAUCCUCCCGCGGAGCUCGGCAGGCCUGGCCUCCUCAGCGGCUCCCAGCUCGCCCUCGGAGCUGGUGGUGCCGACCAACGUGCCGUCGCCGGAGGGGCCCAGCCCACCGGAGGAGACCGCGACGGUCACAGUGGAGGCCAUCAUGAGCUCAGGCCUUCCCGACUCGGCGGUGUUGCGCUCGCCGUCCCUGCCACCUGUGCCCACAGAUGUGCCGUCACCGCAGGAGUUGCCAGUUCUGGCCAGGUCGGCAGUGUACUCGGCCUUGGGCUCCUCCGCGAUGGCCUCGGUGGAGUCUCCCUCGGAGAUGCCGGUGCCCACAGAGAUGCCGACCUCGCCGGUGUCCUCUCACCUGGAACCGCCUUCCGUCCAGGUGCCGCGCGGCACCGGCCAGCCCAGCGCAUCAGGCCUUCCCGACUCGGCGGUCUCACGCUCGCCCUCGAUGCCGCCGGUGCCCACAGAUGUCCCGUCCCCGCAGGAGGUGCCAGUUCCGGGCAGGUCGGCAGUUUACUCUUCGAUGGCGUCCUCCGCGGUGGAGUCUCCGUCGGAGAUGCCGGUGCCCACAGAGCUGCCCACCUCACCGGUGGAUGCCACCGUGGAGGUGCCAACAGUGGAUGCAGAAGCGGGCACAUUGCUGUCAGGCGUCCCAACGGCCACAGAGAUGUCGCUGCCUGUCAGAUCAGCUGCGCUGGGCUCCUCUGCAUUGGGGUCAUCAGCGCUGGUCUCCCCUACAGAGAUGCCGGUGCCCACCGAGAUGCCCACCUCGCCUGUGCUGUCCACCUCUCGCCUGGAAGCGCCCUCGCUUGAGGUGCCGCACGGCACCGGCCAGCACAGCGCAUCAGGCCUUCCCGACUCUGCGGUCUCAUACUCGCCCUCCCUGCCGCCAGUGCCCACAGAUGUCCCAUCCCCGCAGGAGGUGCCAGUGCCGGGCAGGUCGGCAGUUUACUCGGCCUUCGGUUCCUCACUGGCGUCCUCUGUGGAGUCCCCGUCAGAGAUGCCGGUGCCCACAGAGCUGCCUACCUCACCAGUGGAUGCCACCAUGGAGGUGCCAACAGCUGAUGCGGAAGCGGGCACGUUGCUGUCAGGCGUCCCAACGGCCACAGAGUUGCCGCUUCCCGUCAGAUCAGCUGCGCUGGGCUCUUCUGCGUUGGGCUCCUCAGCGCUGGCGCCCUCGCCCUCGGAGAUGCCGGUGCCCACAGAGAUGCCGACCUCGCCGGUGCUGUCCACUUCUCGCCUGGAAGCGCCCUCGCUUGAGGUACCGCACGCCGCCGAGCCCAGCGCGGUAUCAGGCGAGUUUGAUUUGGAUGUUGAUCUCCCAGUCCCUGACCAGUCAGCUCUGUCCUCGGCCCCUUCGCCGGCGUCGCCGGUCGAGAUGCCGGCGCGGGACCUCAGUCCUGGCGCCAGGCAAUCAAUUCUCGACAAGGCCAAAAUACAGGUGCCCACGGAGAUGCCCACCUCCCCAACGGAGGAGCCUUUCUUCGGCACCGAGGUGCCGACAGUGGAGGGCACUGUGCUCUCAGGACACCCCCACAAGAAGGGCGGUUUCCUUUUGGUUGACUCCAAAGUGUACCCUGAAAAGACACCCAUCUGGGGUCCGACAUCGGAGGUAGAGGUGAUGUCCUCGGUGCAUGCCCUGCGUGCAGUACAAUCAACCUUUCAACUUCAGGGCGCUCCCUAUGUCAGGACGGAAGGGACGAAGGGGGACGGCAGGGACGAAGGGGACGGAAGGGAUGCAGGGGAGCUGGGCAAAGAGCAGGAAAAGGCGAGUUUCAUGGUGGAUGUUCGACCCAACUUUGAGAAAACGGUUCGGAUUCUGGGAAACUACGACUUCAUGGAGAAUUUGCCCACUGGAAAGGAGGUGCCUCCGUUGCGAUCAGGAGCAAUGUCCUCGGCAUUGGGAUCUUCGGCCGUGGGGCUGUCCCCCUCGGAGAUGCCCGUGCCCACGGAGCUGCCCACCUCGCCACAGGCGCCCCGUUUAGAGAUGCCCUCAGUGGAGGUGCCCCGGGACAUUGCCAGCGCUGUGUCAGGCCGCCGCCAGGCCCCUGCAGCGGCUUACCGCGGGCUCCUUGCGCGGGAUUGCGGCUCUGCGGGGGUUGGCGUGGUCGACGACAAAAAGCUAAGGUGGAACUACCGGUUCCGGAGCAGUCAGGUGCCCACGGAGAUGCCCACCUCCCCAACGGAGGAACCUUUCGACGGCACCGUGGAGGUGCCGACGGCGGAGGGCACUGUGCUCUCAGGCGCAAUGUCCUCAGCCUUGGGAUCUUCGGCCGCGGGGCUCUCCCCCUCGGAGAUGCCGGUGCUGAGCCCAGAAACUGCGCCGCCUUUGGAGGUGCCGUCAGUGGAGGCCCGGCGGCCCAGAUCCAAAUGA